CUCACGAACGUCGCCUCUCCACUCUAUCCCCUCUCGCAAUCCUUUUCCUUUUGUCUUGUCAUAUUCAAUUGACAAGAUGCUUUCCUCUACUAGAUCAGCAGCUGCGCUGGCGCUGCGGGUCAAGCCAGCUUCCUCCUUGAUUUCCUACCGAUCAAUCGCUGCAAUCUCAUCCUCAUCUGCGAAGCCUGCUAACGCAGUCACAUCUCACAAUGUCCCGGGGAGCUCGGGCACACCACUCAUGAGCGUGACAGGCAAGGAGAGGCGCGAGGUACCUUUACCUAGUCAGGAGGGGAAGAAGGGCGUUAUGCAAUACGCCUUAACGACCCUCGACCAAAUAGCCAACUGGGCACGCCAGGGUUCCCUCUGGCCGAUGACCUUCGGACUCGCCUGCUGCGCCGUCGAAAUGAUGCAUCUUUCCACUCCCCGCUACGAUCAAGAUCGCCUUGGAAUAAUCUUCCGUGCUUCGCCUCGUCAGUCAGAUGUCAUGAUUGUUGCUGGUACUUUAACGAACAAGAUGGCUCCCGCGUUGAGACAGGUUUAUGAUCAGAUGCCGGAUCCAAGAUGGGUUAUUUCCAUGGGAAGCUGUGCCAAUGGUGGUGGUUAUUACCACUAUAGCUACAGUGUAACGAGGGGCUGUGAUAGAAUCGUGCCAGUGGAUAUCUACGUGCCUGGAUGUCCACCAACUUCGGAGGCAUUGAUGUACGGGAUCUUCCAGCUUCAGAAGAAGAUGAGACACACAAAGAUUACUAGAAUGUGGUAUAGGAAGUGAGGCGAUAGAGAAGAAGGACAAGAGGGCAUCUUUCGUUUUUGUACAAAGUUCAGCUGCACAUACGCACAGGAGUUCUUUUGCGUUAGAGAAAACCAAGAAAUACUAUUCAAUCCAGUACCUCGCUCAAUAUACUGUAUGUGGUAGGUAAGAGCAGGCGACCAUCAGGAGGACGCGCAGAGGAAGUAGCCUUUGAUCACAAUAGAGUGUGCAUUUCGGAGCUCCAUCUGCCCAAAUUCAUCGAGUUGUUGUCUGUAUUUGUGGAAAGGGGAAGCUUCAAUACUUGCAUAUAUCGAAAGCUCAAGUUAUUCACAUAAUGUUUAUAAUGGCAAGCGUUAAGAUACUUGUACACGUCGAAGUUGGCAAAGGAAGGCAGAGAUUUUGAUUUGAAUUGUGAACAGAGAAGGUGUCGAAGUCCCAAUAGCCUAGUAGUGAGGUGAUGGCUCGAGAGCUCUCUAAGAAGGGGCAUCUUCCUCAAUUUUGG